UCACAGGAAGACUGUCUCAGCUGAUAGAAACAGUCCAUGUAGCUUAAACGCUGAAUUAGAGCAGGGUUUAAGUAGAAUAACGGCAAAAGUUAAACACUGUGUUCUUCGUGUUUGAAAGUUUUUCGUCUCUGUGCUGUUAGCUACAAAAACAACCAAAAAGAAAACAGGAAGACAAACUUUUUUCCUUCUCACAGUCGUAAUUUCUCCACCGGUCAGUUUCAUCUCAUUAUGGCUACAAGAAUUCGGCCGAGCAGUAAGCGGUGUGCAGUGAUCGGAGGCUCUGGUUUUCUGGGCAGACACCUGGUGGAGAAGCUGGUGGACAGAGGUUAUUCUGUCUCUGUGUUUGACAUCCGACAGAGCUACGAGCUUCCAGGCGUCUCCUUUCAUCAGGGGGACCUCUGUGAUAAACAGGCUCUGCUUUCUGCUCUGGAGGAUGUGUCUCUGGUUUUCCACUGCGCCUCCCCGGCUCCUGCAAGCGACGACCGGCUGCUGUUUGAGAGGGUCAACAUUCAGGGCACCCAGACGGUUAUCCAGGCCUGCAUCGAUGCUGGAGUACAGAAACUGGUGUUGACAAGCAGUGCCAGCGUGGUGUUCGAGGGCACAGACGUUAAGAACGGAAAAGAAGAUCUGCCUUAUGCCAAGAGACCCAUUGACUACUACACUCAGACCAAGAUUGAGCAGGAGAAGUUGGUGCUGAAGGCUUGCGACCAGCAGAAGGGCUUCCUCACAGCUGCCAUUCGGCCUCACGGCAUCUUUGGCCCUCGGGAUCCGCAGCUGGUUCCAACCCUGGUGGACGCCGCUCGCCAGGGGAAAAUGAAGUUCAUCAUCGGUGAUGGAACAAACCUUGUCGAUUUCACGUACGUGGAGAAUGUUGUUCAUGGCCACAUCCUUGCUGCUGAGUGCCUGAGAGCAGAUUCCCCAAUCUGUGGAAAACCGUAUCACAUCACCAAUGAUGAGCCAGUCCGCUUCUGGGACUUCAUGUCGGAGAUUCUGGUUGGCUUAGGAUACGCUGCCCCACGCUUCCACCUCCCAUACGGACUCGUUUACGGAAUAGCUUUGCUCCUGUGGCUGCUGACCUGGAUCCUGCGCCCCUUUAUGUCUUUCAAACCCACCUUUACACCCAUGAGAGUGGCUUUGGCUGGGACCUAUCAUUACUAUAGCUGUGAGCGUGCCAAAGAGCACCUGGGCUACAAGCCUGUGGUCAGUCUGAAGGAGGGGAUCAAACGCACGGUGGAGAGCUAUCCUCAUCUUAGACGUGGGGCUUGAUGGGUAGAGAGAAGAUGAAGCCAACAUGAUGCACUGAAAGAACUAUUCAAGGACUCCUCAUCACUAGAAGCCUCUGUGCCUAAUAAUGCUAUUCCCAAAUUCCACCAGCAGAUGGCGGCAAAGAACUCAUACUUCAAUAGUAAAUACAAAACCUAAUUCACAAUUUCACCUCCAUUGUUUUGUAUUUGAACUGUGAUUAAACUCUGUUAUGCUUA